AGACAACGUGCGCACUCACACGUGCACACACACACACACACACACACACACACACACACACACUUGCAUCCACAGUGUGUCAUGCUAGCAGUGUGUGGGCUGAGCCGACCAGCCUUCCACUCAUCCUGCUUCUCUCCCUCUCUCUCCCUCUCUCUCCCUCUUCUUCUCCUCUCUCUUUUCGUCUCCAGAUACUCCUCUUCUUCUUCUUCCUCCUCUUCUUUUCUCCUCAUCUUCCAUCCUCUCCCAUCCUCUCCUCCUCCUCUGUGUUUCUCUCUCCAUCUUUUCUUUUCAGUUUAUCAUCAUGGAGAACGAGUCGGCAACCUUCUGGGAUGGGCAGGGCAGCUCCCAGAACACAAUCUGAAACCCUGAGACCUCUCACUCCCCUGCAGGAUUACUACACUUUAACUACAGUAUUACAACACAAAAUCUUUCAUAGUUUGAAGGGUUCAACAAAAGGCACUACAAUAUAAAGGUCUCUAUCUGCUGCAGAAAGCACCCAUCCUACUGCUACUACAGGAUUACACCACAGCUUCAUCCAAUCAAAACCUUUCAGAGACACAGGAAGCAGGCACCCCAGGCUGCACCAGGCUGCCCCAGGACAAGAAACCAAAGAAGUCACCGGACUAGUAACCCAGACCAAAACAGAAUCAGGACAGACCAGAAGAGACCAGUCGAACUCAGUAAAGGACAGUGGAAAAGUUUGAUGGGACUCUUGACGAUAGCCACAUGCCUCUGAGUCCGGCUGCUGACACCAAACAUGAUCGCCCGCGGCAACAGGCGGUUACAAACGGCAACCCGGCAGGCUCUGUUGUUGCCAGGGACGACGAGGGAGAGGACACGCCCACUGGGAACAGCAUCGUCGUCCGCAUCGGCAUCCCGGACCUGCAGCAGACGAAGUGUUUGCGGUUGGACCCAGAGUUACCAGUUUGGACCAGUAAGCAGAGGGUUCUGGUGACGUUGACUCAGUCUCUGUCGGAUGUUUUGAACUAUGGUCUCUUCCAGCCGGCGUUCAACGGCCGAGCCGGAAAGUUUCUGGACGAGGAGCGGCUGCUGAAGGAGUAUCCUCUCCCGCCCAUCACACCCAUCCCGUACCUGGAGUUUCGUUACAAGAGGAGAGUUUACACCCAGAGUUACGUGGACGACAAACAGCUGGCAAAGCUGCAUACCAAGGCCAAUCUGAAGCGCUUCAUGGAACAUGUUCACCAGAAGAAUGUGGAGAAGGUUUCCAAGUGGUUGGAAAAAGGCCUCGAUCCCAACUUUCACGACUCUGACACGGGAGAGUGUCCUCUGACUCUGGCCGUGCAGCUGGAGGAGAGCUGCGAGCUGAUUAAAGUUCUUCGCAAUGGAGGAGCUCACCUGGACUUCAGGACCAGGGACGGCAUCACUGCCCUUCACCGGGCCGUCCUCUGCAGAAACAGCGCCGCCCUCACCACUCUGCUGGACCUCGGGGCAUCUCCGGACUACAAGGACAGCAGAGGCCUCACUCCGCUCUAUCACUCGGCCAUGGUGGGCGGCGCCCCCUACUGCUGCGAGCUGCUGCUGCAGGACCACGCCACCAUCGGGAUGACAGAUGAGAACGGGUGGCAGGAAAUCCAUCAGGCAUGUCGCUAUGGCAACGUGCAGCACUUGGAGCACCUGCUGUUCUACGGCGCUGACAUGAGUUCCCAGAAUGCAUCAGGAAACACUGCACUGCACCUCUGCGCUCUGUACAACCAGGAUAGUUGUGCCCGAGUGUUGCUGUUCAGAGGAGCCAACAAGGACAUCAAGAACUACAACAACCAGACGGCCUUUCAGGUGGCGAUCAUUGCCGGGAAUUUUGAUCUGGCAGAAAUCAUAAAAAUCCACAAAACGUCUGACGUUGGCGUCCAAGUAGUUCCCUUCAGAGAAACUCCCUCCUAUACCAAGCGCCGCCGCAUGGGCUUGACCCGGACAACAGCUGGAAACGGCCUGUCAUCUCCUCGCUCCCUGAUUCGCUCAGCCAGUGACAACGCCUUGGAAAGCCCCGCCUCCUCACCUGGCCCCUCCCUUCAAAGCCUGGAGACGCACCAUGACACGCACACACACUCACUACGCCGACACACACGCCGACUCAGUCCAAGUGGUGGAGGUCAUGUGGAGACCAGCCCUCCCUCCUCUCCUCCCCCGACCCCACAGAUGAGGAAGAGGAGGCUGUAUAGCGCUGUGCCGGGACGCACCUUCAUCGCCACCCGGUCCCACGUCCCUCAGGGGCCCGGAGAGAUCCAGCUGCACCGAGGAGAGCGGGUCAAAGUUCUCUCUAUCGGUGAAGGAGGAUUCUGGGAAGGAAGCGUUAAAGGCCGAACCGGCUGGUUUCCUGCCGACUGUGUGGAAGAAGUCCAGAUGAGACAAUACGACCCGAGACUGGAGACGCGAGAGGACCGCACCAAGAGACUGUUCAGACACUACACUGUAGGAUCCUACGACAACUACACCUCCUACAGCGAUUACGUGAUCGAGGAGAAGACGGCCGUGCUGCAGAAGAGGGAGAGCGAAGGAUUUGGCUUCGUCCUCAGAGGAGCUAAAGCUGAGACGCCCAUCGAGGAGUUCGCUCCAACCCCGGCGUUUCCCGCCCUUCAGUACCUGGAGUCAGUCGACCAAGGGGGCGUGGCCUGGAGGGCGGGGCUACGGACCGGAGACUUUCUCAUCGAGGUGAACGGUACCAAUGUGGUGAAGGUGGGUCACCGGCAGGUCGUCUCUCUAAUCCGGCAGGGAGGAAGUCGCCUGCUGAUGAAAGUCGUCUCAGUUUCCAGGAAAUCUGAAACCAACCUGAUCAGGAAAAAAGCACCGCCCCCUCCAAAACGAGCCCCCAGCACCUCCCUGACCCUGCGAUCCAAGUCCAUGACGGCUGACCUGGAGGAGAUAGCCAGGAGGAGACGCUUCGAGAAACUGGAUGAGAUGUUGGCGGGAGGUCAACAGGAAGUCGUCUUGAGGGGCCGCCCAUCAGAUGACUUCAGGGCGGCGACGGUGAAGCAGAGGCCAACCAGCCGCCGUAUCACACAGGCAGAGAUCAACUCGCUGUUUGAGCGUCAGGGUCUGGUGCCCCCUUCAGCUCCAGAGAAGAGCACCAUGCCUUUACCCAGAGGGAUGUCCAGAACCAAGAGUUUUGGCACACCGGACGACGACAGAAUCACGGCUCUGAUCAAUGAAAGUCGGUUUCCACGGAGCUCUUCACUGACAGACAGCUUCAUCCCUCCUCCUCCUCAAACAGCACCGCCUCCUCCACCCUCUGCAUCCUCUACCUCCUCGCUCUUCAUACUCGACUCUGGACCUCCUCCCUCUUUUCUCCCUCCUCCUCCUCCAGCACGAGGAGAUGGACUGACCCGCUCUAGUUUCAAGCCGGGGGCAGAGCCAAGGCUUCAGGAGCUUUCAGAUUCACCAACGAGGAGCCACACCCACGCCGAGCGGCAGAGAAAAGCAAGGUCCAUGAUCAUCCUGCAGGACACGCCUCCACCACUGCAGCCUGAUGCUCACGGUCUUGGGAUCAAAGAUCACGAUUCAUCCAAAGAAGGAGGUGGACCCAGCAGCCCCAGCAGGGCUGAGCUGUACCAGCAGCAGGUUCUUUCAGAGCGCGCUCGAGUUCAGGGUCGCCGGUCGUCUCUCUUCUUGUCAGUGGAGGGAGCGGGGUCAGAAAAUCAGGCACCGCCUCUUCUGACACAGAGCCACUCGAUGGAUGACCUCGGCGAGCUUCCCCCUCCAGCUCCGGUCCUGUCACCUUCACCGACGCCUCAUACCUUCCUCCACCCGCUGACAGGGAAACCUCUAGACCCGUCCUCUCCACUCGCCCUGGCACUUGCUGCAAGAGAACGAGCACUCACCGCCCGCACACCGAGCCCUGAGCCUCGAACUAAACACGCUUCUGCCUCCACCACACCCAUCCCCACCCCGGCUGCCAGUCCUGAGGGCAGACACAAGCGAACGCCCAUCACCACUCCACAAAGCAGUCCUGAGCCACGAUCCAAGCGCACCACUCCUCAGACAAGCCCUGAGCAGCGGACCAAACGCACCACUCCCCAAACGAGUCCUGAGCUAAGGCAUAAACGCAUAACCCCACCCCUUUUCCCAGAUGGACAAGUUGAGCGCCCAGAAACAGAGGGAGGAGUGACAUCACCUGCCGCACCCUCCCCUGAGCGCUGGAGACCCUCCCCUUUGCCACCACUGGCCAAUGAGGCUCAUUCUCCUCUGAUUGAUAGACGUAGAAGCCUCACAGUGGGCAGUUCAGAGGAGGAGGGAGGGGCUUACACAGUGACACUCCCACCUGCCUUGUUAUCAUCCAGCGAUGAGGAAACUAGGGAGGAGCUGCGUAGAAUUGGUCUGGUGACUCCCCCUCCUGGCUUUGCAAGCCCUCCUGCUGCUCCUCCCCCAUCCUCUCUCACCUUGUUGCCACGACGAGGUGGAGAGGGAGGGGGAGGAGAGAGUGGUCCUGAAUCUUUGGGUAGACGAGGAGAUGAGGAGGAAGGAGGUGAUGAAAGGCUUCAUGACAGCUCGUCUUCCCCAAGCUCCCUCCCACCCUCCAUCACCCUGGCUUCUCCUCCUGCUCCAUCUUCCCCAUCUUCCCCACCUGCUACUCACCCAUCUCCUUCAUCCGCCGCUACUUCCCCAUCAGGGCUAAAGCCUCGCCUUCGUUCACCUAUCGGUCGAGGACGUUCUGCACUCCGGGACCCCCUAUUAAAGCAGUCGUCGGACAGUGAGCUCCUCCCAUCUGCUGCAUCAUCAUCCUCCCCCUCCUCCCCACUUUGCUCCUCUCCCACCAGUGGCGGAGGCCGACAGCCACGCUAUUUGUUUCAAAGGAGGUCUAAGUUGUGGGGGGGUGGGGAUCAAGAUCGACGGGGCUUCAGUCCGGAGGAAGGAGGGGGGCGUCCAGCAGCCUUGGGAGGCCAGGGAUCCGGCUCAGCUGUGGAUCUAACAAGCCGGUCAGCUUCUGCACUAGAGCUAAGCGGCAGGGCGGGGUCUGGACUGGAUCUAGCCAAUCGGCUACAGCUGCUCAACAAAGAUAGCCACUCUCUGGGGGAGGAGCCAAGCCCCCUCGAUCCAGGUCGAAGGUCACCAGUAGGAGGUGCCAGGUUGUUCUCCAGUCUCGGUGAACUUCACACCAUCUCCCAGAGAGGAUAUGGCGCCACCUAUACAGUCCGACCUGGAAGUCGCUACCCUGUCACUCGCCGGAGCCCUUCUCCUUCUCCCUCGCCCUCUGAUAGGUCAGUGGGACUCCCCUCCACUACCGCCCCCUGCUCUGAAAGGCCAGAUCUGAGCUCAGGUCGCGGUCUAACCAUCCUAAAGUCCUCCAGUCUCAGCCUCCCCUCAGAACCAAAGGAGGUUCGGUUUGUGAUGCGAAGCGCCAGUGCACGAACCAGAUCCCGUUCCCCUUCCCCUUCACCCCAUGCCUCGCCCUGCCCCUCCCCGGUCCUCAGCGGGCCCUUGUUGUCCCUACGACCAUGGAGGCAGCGGCUCAACUUGUGGAAUAAAUACGAUGUGGGUGACUGGCUGGAGAGCGUGGGUCUGGCCGAACACCGCCAGCGCUUCCAGGACCACGAGAUUGAAGGCUCCCAUCUCCCUGCCCUCACCAAAGAGGACUACGUGGAGCUAGGAGUCACCAGACUGGGACACCGGAUCAACAUUGAGAGGGCACUCCGACAGCUGCUGGAUGGUUCCACUUGACCCCUCACCUCUGACCACUCACUUCUUAGAUAUCCUGAACUGUAACCUCAGACCCCCUGACCUCUGGUCAGACACUAGGCCAUCUCUUUGAAUUGAAUAAUCUUAGCAGUGACUGAAUAUUUAGACCUUAGACCAGACAUUUUCUGGUUUAUCAGCUCUUUGAUCAGCAACAUAAGGACUGGUAGCAGCUGCAGACCGCUGAUGUUUCGUUUGCCUGUUAAUGUCUGCAUGCUCCAUAAAAACUCCCAACCAAACCAAUCAUGUCACACCGAGUAUUAUGGUUGUGUAAAUUAACAAUCUGACACCAGCAAAGGAGAUUCUUUAACACCAGUCAUGAGGAAAAUCAUGAGGUUCAACUGCAGGAAUUCAUUUGGGGCUGAAAAUAAGUCCAUGCUUGACAGAAUAUUAAAGAUCGGAGAAUUAUUUUUUUCAAAUACACCACCUUAGUCCAAAACAUUUUUCAGUUUUUUUUAGUCAAAAAAGACACAUUUAACAUUCCCACAUAUGGGCACUCAGUCAUUUAACUGGGAAUUAUAAAAUGUCAGAAGACACUAAUAGAAGAUAUUGAUGACAGACAUGUGCAGACAUGUGAAAACUGGUCGCUGAACUAUUGAAACAACCAAAUGAACUGACUAAAUCUUGUCAGCCGGACUCACUCAGUUUUACACUGUGACAGAUUUGUCAGUGUUCUCUGAUAGCAUGUUUGCUAGUCUUUCCAAUUGCUGGCGCAACAUUACCUAUAAAAGCAGAAUCCUCUCCUGACCAUGAUCCAACAUACAAUUUCACUACAAGCCAUUAAAUUUUACCAUACUUAGAAUUAAAAUGUACCAGUAAGUCCCACAAUGUGAACAAACUGGGAACAAAAUCAAUCAGAGUUUCCCAGACCGUGAUGUAACUUAUGAAACAGCUGCUUCUGUACAGCCAGGAUUUAAAAAUGAAAAAUAACAGUCAGUGCAUCUGAGAAAGGCAGAACAAUGAAAGGAACUGAAAAAUCUUAUCAACACAACUCUGCUCUUAAGCUACGAGAGAUUUGAGUGGCCAUUAUUUUUUUUAAAUCCGAAGGUAACUACUCAGUAACAGUUACUAAAAUUUAUGGUGUAUUACGAUUCUUGAAGACUAUAAGCUGCAGCUUUUCAAACAGUUGCUUGUUGUUACAGUUUUUGAUGGACAGUAAACACUCAAACAUCCAGAAACAUCAGUUAUAAAAGCAUUACCUGAAUUCGGGUCUGGACCAUUACAAACAGCUCUGCUGCCAGCCUCUAAUGGUGAUCAAAGAGCUGAUGUGACAAUCCGACUACAAACACACCGAGACGGGUCGUGUCCUCGUGCCGUUCUGGUUCCCCAGACGAGUUUAGCUGGACCUUUGCUAGCGGAGCUGGAUGACUGGCGAGCUACUGGGAGUCUCUACCGUAACACCGGGAGAUUAUAGCUGAGGAUAUUUGUCCGUCCUUUUCUUGUGACUUAACUUUUGUUUUCCCAAAUAAUCACUCAUGACGAGUUUGUGUUAAUUUUUGAGUUCAUACUAUCUUAAAGCUGAUCAUUUAGAAUUUAUGAAUAACAAGUAACAAUAAUGUGGUGGUGAUGAGUUUAUAAUAGUCCGGAAAAUGAUUUUGAGUUCCUUAUGAUUUGACAAUGAGUUGAAUUUCAAGGUCAUCUCGGCGAUGUUUUUGGAAUUCAUAAUGAUUUGUCAAUGAGUGUGACUUUGUGCUGAUGUGCUAUGUGUUUCAGGGAGAGCUGCAGCAGAGCUCCAACUGUAAACCUCUCUGGUUUCUAACCUGCUUAUCGAGGGCUUACUGUACAUGGUGCUAUUUGUUUAAAGCCAUCUGUACAGAAAAUACUUUCCUCCUUCCCCUCUUUAUCUUCCUCACCCUGAUAUCUAUUAAUUAGCCCCCUUAAAUUUAAUCAAAGAACGACUUUCAGGAACAGGCCAUAAAUGGAGUUUCCUCCCUGCCAUACUGGGGAUUUUUCAUCCCUGCCAUAUGUGGAGUUUCCUCCUGACCACAGAGUUUACAUCAGAGUUCCCCUGUAAGACUUAACAUCCACUCAUUUUAAUUCUACUUCAUCUUAUUUAAUUUUUCACCAUGAAACGUUUUCAUGUUAAGUCACAGUUAAAGUUCAGAGGUGAAGGAUUUUUGUGCAGUUUCAGUAUCCAACACAGCUGCAGACUCUAGCUCACUCUCUUGCAAUUAAUUAAAUUUAAUGUAUAUUUACACUUACCAGCAGUAUAUAAACUUGUAAUAAAGUAUGAUGGCCAAAAGAUGGAUAGGCAACAGGGAACGAUAUUAUAAGCAGUGUAAGAUAUGGCUUUUCUGGAGAUUUGGCGCCUUCCCCCUAAAGGAAAUUCACCAGGACUCUUAUAAAGAUAUAUUUCACCAUUUGGAUGGAUUUAAUUUAAUCAAGCAAAAAAAAAAAAGAAAUGUUGAUCUGUAGAACUGUGCAGUCACUCAAAAUGUAAUCUCGGAUAACAGGAAGAGAGACUCAAAUGAACCGAAAAUUUCUGAAACAUUUUGGGUUUAAAUGCUCAAAAACUCUGAGAUGUUUCCAAAGAAAUCGAGUUUAAAUCAAAUUAUGAUCACGGCUGAUCAAAAUAGUCAGGAUUGCAAUUUUUGCCAUCAUGUCACUAGAAAUAACAGAAAAUCUUCUGCUUACAGUUGUAGUUGCUCCUCAAAAGCUCAAUUUGAGCUGCAACAAACCUCUGGACAUAUAUGACACACUACAACCGCACAUUAAACAUUAACUACAUGUUUAUAUGCUGCUAAUAAAUGUAAAUAAGUAAUUUAUGUGCCUGCUGUGGAAUCUAAUCACAAAGAAGCUGAAAGAAUUCAUGUAGUUGGAGAUACUGUCCAAAAUUACAGGAAGCUCUCUAAGUUAGAGUUUAUGGAAACCGGCUGGUGCACUUUAUCCUGAUGUGUCGUUCACGCCAAAUGUGAAGCAAAGUUUCACCUCGUGUGGAAUCAGUCACACUGGAGACCUGUGAAUAUUCACCGAGCAGCCAGCGGGAUAAAGAUGAAGCUGGAAACAAGUUCCAGAAACGCAUCCUCACAGUUUACACUCUGUUUCCUCCGAGCUCGCUCCUUUUUUUCUCUUUGUCUAAAAGCAAAGUCGAACCUUUCAGCUCCAGCUGUUCUCAACCAGCGCCGAUAAGCUCCUCCCUCAUUUCUGAUCUCACUGGUAUCAGCAGAGGAUCACCGCUGAUGGGUUCUCAUGCGAGCAAAUGUGGAUUUGCCUUUAUUGUUAAACAGACUGAUCAUAUCCGUACCGUGUGAAAACUCUGCUUCACGUUUGUUGUGAACGCACCGUUAAAGGGGACCUUUAUAUUUUUAUACUAGCGCUAGAUCAGAGUAGCUUUGUACAGGUCAAAGUUCAAAUAAUCUUCAUAGUAACAUUCCUGUCUUUAUACAGGCCCUCAGUUCACCCUGUCUGAAACAAGCCAAUUUAUCUUCGGGCUCUUUCCUUGACAGCCUACUUUCCUCUUAUUGGCUAACUUCUGGAAGCCUGCCGAGGGGCAGCAUCCAGUGCUUGUGAGGUGUACUCUGAAGGCCAAGUGUUCGGCUCACAGGGAUUAUUUCUACUCAUGUUUACCUCAUUAUGUGUUUAUAUACACACAUUAAACAUCACAACAUCAGACAGAUGACAACAAAAUAAGUAAAGGUUUCAUAUUUUACUACAGCACUCAUGAUGAUAUUAUUAUAAUCCAUCACUUUGACCUCUGAGAAAACAGACUUAUUAAGAGCUUUGUGUUUAUCCUAGCUUAGCACAAAGCAUGGAAGCAGGAGGAAACUGUUAGCCUAGCUCCAUCACAAGGUAAAAGUCCACGUUCUAGCUUAUUUACAUGGUGUAGUGUUGUAUUCAGAAAACUAAAACAGAGCAGUCCUGAGUACAACUCAAACAGCCUCCUUUUUAUUUCACUGUCUUUCUACAUUUGCACAUUAACAGCAUGUAAGUGGGUGGAAACUGGAUUCCUCCAACCUAUAAACCAGCGUUCUUUACGUACCGGAGACUUGAAUAGAAUUUUAUUUCAGACAUUUUCUUAAAGUCACACCGCCCCCUUCUUUUCUGAAUAUUUGAAUUUGGUUUAAAAAAGAAUGAAUCCCUCUGUUUGCCGCCCUCUAAAGCACAAUCAAAGCUUCAGUGCCUGUUCCCACAGCAGAUCGACUGCUUCUGUCUCGUUUCCUUCCGACUUCAGUUCCCAAACAACCUGCUGAGCUGCAGUCAUGAUUUCCAAAGUUCUACAAGUUGAUGUUGACACGCUUUUAUGGACAAAGUCAUAUAGAAUGUACAGACUAUUUACAGCACAUUACAGUAGACUAUAUGGUCUGUAUAAUAUAUAUUAUGGUAGAAUAAAAUGUAGCUAUAGUGUAAAAUAUAAAGUAGACAAUAAAGUUUAUUUAAAAAAGUAAUAUUUUGGUAGGCUGUAGUCUAUGAAGUCUUUAAUCUAAUGAGAUAUUCAGAGCUUGUAAGCAGCUACACUGAGCUCAAUCUGGAAACAGUGCAAGUUUCAAUUAAACCAGGUUUCAUUUUUUCAAUGAGGAAAUCAAACGUGCGUACAUUUAAAUAUACAAUAAAUUAACAGUGUCUUUUGUCCACAGAAACACUUACCAGUACUAUUACCUUACAUUAUUGAGGUGACUGCUGUUGUGAUUUAAUGCUAUAUAAAUAAAACUGAAUAGAACUGAAUUGAAUUGAAUACACUAUAAAAUAAAAUUCUGCUUAAGUUCAGGAUAUUUUUGCGUUGGGUUCAUCCAAUCUUAACCUUCAGUUCUACUUAAAUAAAGCUACACAUCUGAUGGGAAAUCAGAUGACCAAAGUCUGGCUUCUUGUAAUUCUUCCUCUCGCUACAGACAUCCUGGAAAUCAGGCCGAUAACUUUCUGUUUCUGGUUAUCCAGAAUAGACUGUAAUGACUCUAGUCUGAAAUAAGACUGGAAAAAAUGUGACCAACAAAACAAAAAACAGAAGUGGCAAAGAAAAGAAAAAGGCUAGCACCUGAUUCUUUUCUUGCUUCUCUCAAUUGAUGUUGUACUUACUGUGCGCAGACUGAUUGUGUUACAUUUUGAGCAGAGAAAAAUGCUCCGCAGAAGUGUUUUAAAACACAAUAAGAAGAGAAUCGGUGGAUCGUCUGUGUAGAAAGCUACAAAAACCCAGUUCGGGUCAUCAUCAUUGCUUCCUUUGGUUUUAUCGAUUAGCCAAACCGCUCUGGACCAAAAGUGUCUUUGAAUGUUUAAUCUGCAGAUCAGAGUCCUGCAGUGUGGCUGCUUACACUGAGAGAAUAUCACUUGAGUCAGGUAUUCUGUACAUGUAUAGUAUAUAUUAUAAUGGACUACUGAUAGUCUACUGUACAGAGUCAUGCGCAGAAUGAGUCAGUGAAUCAGGUUGGAAGCAGAUCAGUGACCUCAGGUCCCCACCUGUGCUCUGUUACACCUGACAUGAGGUCAGUCGCCCAUCGUAGGACUUCUCAGCCAAUCAGAAAUGACAACAUUUAAUCAGUUCUCUUAUUUGAGCCAAUCAAAUGUAAGUAGGGCUAAACAGCAGGUGGCACCAAUUCUUCUACUCACCCAGUGAGACUAUUGUUUUUCAAACUUUUUUUUUGUUGGUUAUUAACAACAAAAAAGAUCCGAAUAGACGUUUACGUAAAGGUUACCGUACGAGCAUCAGCACGCUCUUAUUCUACUUAUUCAACACAGCUUCGUGUCAUUUGACCGUCGUCAUCAUGGUUUCAGAACCACCUCAUUAAACCAUUACAACAGCUCCAGUCAUUUUUUUCAGUUAACCCUGUGAGGCCUCAGUCAUUGAAUCCAUGCACAGCCUGCAACUGAGUACGUAGGUCGCUGACGACAUUCACAACAUUUAUAUACUCAUGUGAGGCGCUCCGCAUCACUCUACUUAACCACCAGCUAGUGUUUUGGUGGUGGAGUUUCUUCCAUGAAUUGACUGAAAACAGAUGGAAAGUCAGAAACGUGUAUGAGGAGGUGAUGCUAUCGAGAGCCAAUCACAGUCCCUGCAGCCUCAAACAUAUAAUUUGUGCUUACAUUUCAGUUACAGAAUCCCACUUAGCUCUAACCGUUUGAUUUGGACUCUUUUAAGAAAAAGUGUGAAUUUUUUUUGUGUGUGUCUUAAUGGUUUUAAGACGUCCCCGAACAAAGACUGAGACCACACAGUGUGAACAUAAUUAAUUAUCCAUAAUUAAGCCAGUAAUUAUACGAGUAAAGUUUUAUCAUUUCUAUGACUUUUACAGUAAAUCAGCAUCAGUCAUUUACUAACACAUUAUCAUUGAUGUAUUUACUUAGGCAAUAAAUAAAGACGUGUCUGUUAAAUCUCACAAACAAAUUCUCACUAAUACCAUUUAUUGACACUCAUAUUGGUAUAGCAGUUUUAUAAUUAAAAAUAUGCUCAAAUCACAUGUAAAUAAAGAGCGGAGCUCAUAAACCAUCCCAUUCAGUAACUUUAAAUACAUUUGAAGUGAGCUGGAUUACAAUGUUAUUCAGUCUACAAGAUAAAGCCCUGUCCAAGUACUUUUGGUCAUUUUUGGUUCUACAGUUUGUGUUUGCGUAUUGCGGCCAUCUACAAAGAUAAUAAGUCAAUUGGAAAACCACAAAAAAGCUGCUUCGUGAUUUUUGUGCUAUUUAAUACGAGCUCAGAUUGUUUAUUUCUCUAAAAUAAAUUCCAUUUUUUUAAUACACAGUACCAGACGAAGGUUUAUAGACACUCACAUAUACAUAUGAAUAACUUUUGCACUUGGCACUACUUGGUCACUCGAGGGUUAAAUAUGAGCUGUAAACCUAUCAGAACAAUGUCAUUUAUAUUUGACUGUUAUAAUCGGGUCUGUGAUGAAAAGAUUUUUAAUAAUUCCUCUAAGAGAAAAAUGAGGAUAUAAACCAAACCAUAGCUCCUCAGCCGUGGUUUAAACCUCUAAUUUUUAUUAUUUAUGUUCCUCGAUGUUCAGUAGCUGGGGAUGGUCAUGCUUUGGUCUUUUACCAACGUUCAUGUCCAUGAAGUGUCAGAAAAUACACAAAGUUCAGUAACAUUUACGCCCACGGCGGAGUAAGGAAACUCGAGAGUUCAGAUUUUUACAUUUUUGUGUUUAAAAAAAGGAAAAAACGAGUUUCUAUUUAGAGAUUUUACAGUCCAAACAUAGAAGGGAAUAGAAAGCCAUCAUUUAUAAAUGUUCACUUCAUAUAUUUGUAGGUUAAAAGUUGGUUGAGAGCAGAAUUUCUUUUGCUUAGGGUUAGAGAACUGUAGAAACCAGAGGCCACCCAGCAGGGGGCGCUGCAGAUAGACGUAGAAGCGAUAACUUAAAAACUUCCAGAUUCUUCCAAAUCUGUGUGUUAAAGUGAUAAUUGAUCAAUAGAAGCAGGAUAAAUCUGAAAGAAUGAGCCAAAAUGGAAAACUGGAAAAUAAUCCUCAGCUUCCUGCUGAUUGGCUGAGAAUCCUGGCUUUCUAACCUGCGUGUGAAACCCUCCUCCCCCUCCUCUUAAAUCUCCACCUGCUUAUAAGUUUAUGGUUUUAUGGUCCCCCCUCCUCCUCCUUUCUAGCUUCCUCUUUUUACAGUAUGUUUGUAGUUUCUUCUGGAGUGAGUGGUGUGCGUGUACUUGUAGUUUUUUCUUCCCUUUUCUAAAAACCGAAGAGCACACGAUGACAACUGAUGAGCUCUGCAACGCAACAGAUUGUAAUCUUUAUAAUAAACUGUCAUUUAUUACAAACUGCA